AUGCGCCUCCAUACUGCCUGGCUCAGUGGCCUAGCCAUCCUUCCAUCGGCUCUCGCUUCCUGGCCUCUAUUUUACAACACCGAAGCGAUCACCGCAAGCCCGGAUUCCAACCAAGAGCCCAAGGUCAAAGUAGAGACCCUCUUUCAAUUCCCCAACAAUGGCUCAUGGGUCGACAACAUAGCCCUCCGAUCGGAUGGCAAUCUCCUUUUGACACGCCUAGACACGCCCGAGGUCUGGCUGGUCAACACCACCAGCGGAGAUGCGACCCUUGCCUACACGUUUCCCAACGUCACCAGCUGCUUUGGAAUCAGUGAAAUCGAGGAUGAUGUGUUCGCAGUUGUCGUGGGAAAUUUCUCCACCAAAAACUACGAGCCAACUCCCCGCUCGUUCUCAGUCCAGAGAUUGGACUUUACCAACAAGGCCAGUACUAGGGCUAGAGAGGACAAGCGGACGUUGGACCAAGCAUCUGUCUCGGAAAUUGCCGCACUUCCCGAAGCUCUGGCCUUGAAUGGAAUGGCCACUUUUCCCGGAGAUCCCAAUCUAGUUUUGAUUGCCGAUAGCCCCAAGGGCGCUAUAUGGAAGGUCAACACCAAGACUGGAGACUAUGGUGUCGCACUGGACGAUCCCACGAUGCUUCCAGCUGAAGGUCAGGGCCUCCCCUUGGGAGUCAAUAGUUUGACAGUGCUGGGUCAAUAUGUCUACUACACCAGUACAACACGGAUGGAGUAUUGCCGGGUGAAGGUGGACCAGGAAGCCAACCCAAUUGGGGAUUUUGAGGUCAUCGCCAGCGGAUUCCUACCGGAUAAUGUCGAGGUGACUGAAGAUGGGACGGCAUAUAUCCCCACGGGUCCCCAGAACUCCGUUGUCCGCAUCAGUCCAUCCGGGCAAAUUGCUCUCGUUGCUGGCGGCCAAAUUUCGACGCAGUUGGCAGGACCAAGCUCGGUCCGUUUGAGCAAAGACCGACAGACACUGUAUGUUGGUACCAAUGGUGGGCUGAUUGCGCCUGUGCUUGGCAGUUUCAUUGAGCCUGGAAAAAUCGUCAAGAUUUCUUUGGCGGGAUAA